GCGCCGCGCCUCCCAGUCCCCACGCGACGCGCCUCCAAUCGGAUUUCCCGGCGCCGGCUCGAGACAUUUUUUGCCUCUCUCGUCUUUUCUGAGACAAGAGGUGAAGCAGAAAAACAAGUUUACUCACAGUGCAUGACGAGAGGAAGGCACGGAACAGGAAAAUCCCAUCCCGACGGAGAAACACACUCAGCCCCGAGAUCGCAGAGGUCAAAACCGCCAUUUCCGAUCUUUAUUUUUUUAAAAAGGGAGAGGAGGAAAAUAAAUAGGGAUAUUGGGAAAUUCGGAACUUCCCGAAUCCGAGCAUGGUUUUUGACACGAAUAUGAAUUCCGUUUUCCUGUAACCGGACAAACUGUGGCGUCAUUCCCUUCCUGACGAUCCCGCCUUAUCGGCUCGCCGAUUGGCCAUUGGCUUUUCAAAGGACGGCCCCACGACGCUGAUAUUAACGUCUGAUUGGAUAGAGGAACUGUCAUCAGGCUGGAGGGACGGGUUAUGCAGCAAACUUGACAUUUGCUCAGAGCAGCGAUAAAAAAUGUUUUACCAGAAGUCCGUGGUAGGAAUGAUAAAAAAGAGUUAAAGAGCUGGUCUUCGCACGCAAAACGAGAACAAUAACGAAUAAGGGUCUCUAUCAACUACCUGAAUUGUAUUUGCAGAUUUGAAACAGAGCUCAAGGCUGGAUUUGUGGAAUACGAUAUUCCAUUGUUUUCCCCCAACCUCAAUUCACAUCAACUUCCUCUCUUACCCGGAGAAGAAAAGCAUCUGGACAUAUCACCUCCUAGAUACAGGAUAGAAGAACUUUUCAUUAAGAGAAGAAAAAAAGACAUGGAAGCAAUUCUACCAGUAUUCGUAGUAGUCAUUUUAGGAUCACAGAUACAAGCAGGUCCUGUAGCAACCAAUGAAUGUAAAAUUGGAAAGAUUGGAGAAAACCAUCCUAUCACCAUCUCACACCUUAAGCAACUCCCUGCGUUACAAAGCUGUAUGUCCAGUGGCAGGUCUACAGCUAAUGAAAUUGUUUAUACCAUCAAUUUGAUUCUACCUCCUACAACAAAACUCCUUCAGAUUUCUUUGCACGUGCAGCCGAUUAGUGUCAACAAGACAUUGAUUCUUGUUUUGAACAGCAGCAAUGAUUUAGUUUGGAAUGUGGGUGCUAUCAAGAUGCCACUUAAAGUCUACCAUUCCACAAAGUCCUACGUAAUACCCCAGGAAACAAGGAAACUUUCAAGUCUGGAACAAUUGAAGCUAGCUGAGGAAAACUGCAGUUCAGUCAUUAGCUUAGUUAAGUUUGAAGAAGCUGGUGGAAUAACUAUAGAACUGAUAAAAGGUGAGAUGUUCCCAAAUAAAUGUGAUCAAACGCCUUGUAUCAGUGCUGAAAAUAAUCUGAAUUAUAAGCCUCUCCAGGAAGAUUUGGUGGGUUGUGUGACAUCUGACCAACACGGCGUUCCUCAAAUCCACAUCAUAAAUCUAAUACCAAUACCCAAUCAUUUCAGGAGCUCCGAAGAUAAGAGUGUUAACUUGAAUGUUGAAUUUACACAUGGAAAUAAUUGCCCAAUUGUCUACCUAGUUAUACAGAGCAAUAAGCCUAUAAAUCUGAACAUCAGUGGUGAAGUUCCUUCUUCAUUACAGCUUAAGCUAUCCCACAGAAUCCAUGCAACUUGGCCAGGAUUGAAAUCAUCAGUUGUAUCUAAUCUCCCAAAAGCUUCGAAACAGCUGGUGGAGUGGGCCAUUAAAAAUGAACGUGGUGCUACAUCAUUGACGGAGAUUCCGUUGGUUGAUGAGAUCAAACUUAAAUGUAAUCUUCGUGCAAAUGAUAUCCAUACGUCUGUGCCGCAAUCAGAGUCUCUAGACAGAUAUGUUAAGUCUGUUCACUGUGGAGAAUCAGAGAUGGAAAUCAUUGUUAGUAAAGAUGGGAAGAAACCAAUUCAAGAAAUAACAUUAUUGGAUGAUAAUUGCAAAGGAAACCGUAAUGAAACGCAUUUCUACCUAAAGUACAUCCCUUACACAGAAUGUAACACUACUGAAAGCGGAGGCAACUACAUAAACAAGCUAAAGGUGAAGUUAUACAAUGGAACUGAAAUCAUACAUGAUGUGCGCUGCCCACAAGUGCAAGAAGUUUGUGAUCUUGUUAAACGUAACAUGAUUGGCGAUAGAUCAUAUAUCAGAAUUCUUGAAUAUUGUGACCUUAAAAAGUCAUUUUCAAAAAUUUACAACAACACAGAUGUCAUUGGAGAGAUUUUACUGCCUUCAUUUGGAAAAUUACAAACUUUUGACGUGAAACUUCAAAACUGUUCUCUCAUCCCAAGAUUUGCAGUCAAUUCCAUAAAUAAAAGCGCCCUUCUUCCUAAAAUCUCAGUGAUCGUUACACAUGCAAAAUCACACAAAACCAAGUGUACUGAUGUAGUCGUACACCACUACCCAUUCCGGUUUUUUUUCCAUAAUUCAUGGAACCCAUUUGUUGAGGAAACAAUCUUAGAGUGUACUGAACUGGCCUGUACUUCUGAGUCUUGCUUUGAUAUAAGAAGGAUACAUAAAACGUUGAAAAUUGACAACCAUAGUCCUCUGCAUCCUAUUUGUCCCACAUUCCCAGACCCCUCCAGUCGAGAGGGCCCAGCUCCCACAAGUCACCGACCUGACGGCCCAGACCUCAUAAGUCACAGGCCAGAACUUCCCGUGUUCCAGGGACUGGGAAUGUCAGCUGCUUUAGGAAUUGCAUUUGGUGCAUUUGUCAUCGGAGCAUUACUGAUUGCAGCUCUGUGGUAUAUCUAUUCACACACGCGUCUUUCUGAAAAGCAGCAGCCUGUUUUCGCUAAUCCACCUACAUCUGAGAACAGCAGCACCAAUCACAGCAUUAGUAGCACUCAAAGUACCCCAUGUUCUACAAGCAGCGUUGCAUAGCCAUCAUCUACAAUGCUUUCAACAACACUGACUAGUUAAAGUAUGUUGUUAUAUAGCAACUACCUUUUUUUUGCAAAAUGCUCUGAAUAACCUAUGGUGAAUUCAAUGGUAAAACAUCUUUGAAAGUGAUUUAACAGCUGCAAAAAGAAACCCAUUUUUAAAGAGAGACAUGUUUGGUGGCAUUCCAGUUUACCAACUGCAACUCCAGUAGCAACUCUGCCUAAAAGUUGCCAAGCAUCUAGAGAAUAACAUUAUCAGUGACUACGACACAGGUGAUGCCUUAAAUUACAAGGAUAAACGUCUAAUUGUUUUAUGACUAUUGUUUGAAGAUAAGGCUGGAAUAAGCCAUGAAUAUUCAGGUAUUAGUGUAUUUUUAAUAUUUAAGUACUAGUUUAAUAUUGUAUGCAAGGGUUUAAUAACUUUUUCACUCUUUCUCUCAUGAGAGAUGAUGAUAAUGUAACUAUACGGGUGUGCUUUGUCAACAGUGGGUGACAGUAUUCACUCCUAUGUGGAAUGCAGCCAUACUAGCCAAAACAAGAAGUUGAGAAAUUAUGACUUAAAGGGUGAUUCCACAAUUGGAACUGUGACCAACCGACUUUGACAGGACUUCACUUGAGAGAACUAGGCUGCUGUUUUUGUGGCUUACAUCUUUGUCCCAUGCCCAUUUCAGUACAGUUCCCCAAUAGGAGACUAAAAACACAAUUGUGACAAUUUUAUCGAGAUAUCAACUGAAUAUAGCUAAUGGAAAAGUUUGCACCCUGCACACAAACUGCAGUGUCACUAGUAGUAACAUUCUUCUUAAAAAGGGAGAAUUGAAGAUCAUGAUGAACUAAGUAACAAUUAAGGCAUGUUAUGGGGAACCAAGAAAAAGUAAACCACUUUUACAGAUUUUUACAUGUGCCUUUUAUGUAAAUGCAUGUCAUGAAUAGAGCUUCUAACUACAGAAUUAUUGAACUAUUACUGCCAGGAACCCUAUUAUGAGAACAAAACGAAAAAGCCUGAUUUGUUUACUCUCAUUCGGAAGUAUAUGUUCAGAAUUCCAGCUGAAACUUCAACUGUCCCUUUUCUCCCUUUGAAAUAUUGGUUGAAUUCUUUUACCUUGAUUACUAGUGCUCUUAGAUGUCACCACUACAGCCGACCCUUCCAAUAGGCUGUGUUUUUAUGGUAUCAGUAGGUUUGUCUGAUAUAUUUCCAGUUUUGGAACAAGUAUAUUUAAAAUGCCUUCUAAAAGGAAGAGAACUGUAUGGUUCAAUCUAAGUAUGAUAAGAAAUUAAUCUUAUCAAUGUAUUAUAAAGCCUAUUGAUACAGUUAUAUAGAAGAAUACAGCGCAGUUAUGAUUUGAGUAACCUGUUAUCUUUUUAAAUCAUUUCUGUUUCCCAAACACUCUACGGUUUUAAGGUCUUAAGUCAUAAAGUAAAUCAGCAUGGAAAAAAACCCCUUGGACCAUUGUGUCCAUGCUGGUCUUCAAGCACCAAUUCAAUCCCAUUUCCCGGCAUUUAGCCAAAAGCCUUGUAUUCUAUUAGCAUUUCAGUUGUCCAGCUAAAUCUCAAGAUGUGAGGGUUCUUAUUUCUACCACCCUUUCAGGUAGUGGGUUCUACAUACACUAUCCUUGGGAGGAUUGGGGGCCAAGAAGAGAAUGUUAUUCUUCAAAAUCCCUCUAAAUCUCCUCCCCUUACUUUAAAUCUAUGAGCCUUGAUCACUGACUUCUCUUCUAAUUACAGUCAGAGAUAUAUUGCACAGAAACUGACCCUUUGGUCCAGCUUGUCCAUUGCAGACCAGAUAU